AUGCCGUCCAAGAAACAAAUCGGUCUGUGCAUGACGCGGAUGUCCACGCACUUUCAAGCGGUGCUGAGUUUGGCCAGCUUGUUCUUUGUGUGCGUGGACGUGAUCGUGAACAACUGGGAACUCAACAACUACGUGGGCAACGCCGACUACUUCCUCGCGCCACUGUACAACAUGCCGACCCCGGACAACCUCACGCAGCACUUUUCAUUUCCCACGUACGCGAACGUGGCCACGUUGUCUGAAAUCGGGCAGUUCAUGCUGCGCUACACUGUGGACGCGUCGUACCUUCGGCGCCCCACAGACUACCUCCUCACCGCGGGGGCGCACAAUAUCGGCACCAGCGCCAACGACAUCUGCGGCACCCUCGUCUAAACGUACCCGCUACCUGCAAACGC